UUAAACUCAUUUUUUAAGUGUUUUGUUUUCAUUUGUUUUAAUUUAGAAUCAUUCGACAAGAUGUCCAAAAAUUACCCAACUGUUAGUGCUGAAUACCAGAUGGCCGUUGUGAAAUGCAUAAGGAAGCUCAGAGCUUUAAUCUUUGAGAAGAACUGUGCUCCUAUCGUGCUUCGUCUGGCAUGGCACUCAGCUGGUACUAUUGAUGUGAAGACGAAUUUUGGGGCAAUUAGGCAUCCUGCUGAGCUGGCUCACGGCGCAAACAAAGGCCUUGAUAUUGCCAUCAGACUUCUGGCGCCGAUAAAGGAGCAGUUUCCAAUCCUCAGCUAUGCUGACUUCUAUCAGUUGGCCGGUGUUGUUGCUGUUGAGGUCACCGGUGGGCCUGAUAUCCCCUUCCACCCCGGAAGAGAGGACAAACCUGAGCCACCUCUAGAAGGACGUCUUCCUGAUGCCACCAUGAGCUCUGAUCAAUUGAGGUAUGUCUUUGGCGCCAUGAGCCUCAGUGACCGGGAUAUUGUUGCCCUCUCUGGUGGCCACACCCUGGGAAGGUAUCACAGGGAGAGGUCUGGAUUGGAGGGACCUUCUACUGAUAACCCUCUAUGCUUUGAUAACUCCUACUUCAAGGAAAUCGUGGGUGGACAGAAGGAAGGGCUUCUCCAGUUGCCUUCAUACGAGGCUCUUCUGACAGACCCUGUUUUCCUUCUGUUUGAAAAAUAUGCUGCGGAUGAGGAUGCAUUCUUUGCUGAUUAUGCAGAGGCUCAUCUUAAGCUCUCUGAGCUCGGGUGA